GAGCUAGCUGGAAAUUGCCAGCCUGCUUGGAAACUUUGCCUUCCUGCCUCGCUCAGACCAAGGAAUGAUUUAGAAACCCCCCGGAGGGUAUUUUUUGCAGGAAUGGUCACUCCCUAAAUCCAGGCAAGGAAGGGGAGGAGUCUGAGCCGUGUCCCUCCCCUUCUCCAAUAAACUUCUGUCGCUCCAGGUUUGGCGGCGCGAGUUUGAAGGACCUGGAGCAGCUGCACACCCCUUGCUUUCCCCAUGGUUUCGGUGACCAGAGCCGUGUUUGGAGAUCUGCCCUUGGGGGCAGGGACGGUGGAGAAGUUCCAGCUGCAGUCAGACCAGCUGAAAGUGGACAUCAUCUCCUGGGGCUGCACCAUCACGGCCCUGGAGGUCAAAGACAGGCGGGGCAGAGCCUCAGACUUGGUGCUCGGCUUUGCAGAGUUGGAAGGGUACCUCCAGAAGCAGCCCUACUUUGGAGCCGUGGUUGGCAGGGUGGCCAACCGAAUUGCCAAAGGAACAUUCCUAUUGGACGGGAAGACGUAUACACUGGCCAUUAACAACGGGCCCAACAGCCUGCAUGGAGGACUCAGAGGGUUUGACAAGGUCCUCUGGACCCCUCGGGUGCUGCCAAAUGGCAUCGAGUUCUCGCGCGUCAGUCCAGAUGGUGAGGAAGGCUACCCUGGAGAGUUAAAAGUCUGGGUGACAUACACGCUGGAUGGUGGGGAGCUCGUGGUCAACUAUCGAGCACAAGCCAGUCAGACCACCCCAGUCAAUCUGACCAACCAUUCCUACUUCAACCUGGCAGGCCAGGGUUUCCCGAAUAUAUAUGACCAUGAAGUCAUUAUAGAAGCUGAUGCUUUUUUGCCUGUAGAUGAAACCCUGAUUCCUACAGGAGAAGUUGCACCAGUGCAGGGAACUGCAUUUGACCUGAGGAAGCCAGUGGAGCUUGGAAAACACCUGCAGGAGUUCCAUGUGAAUGGCUUUGACCACAAUUUCUGUCUGAAGGGAUCUAAAGAAAAGCGUUUUUGUGCACGGGUCCAUCAUGCUGGAAGUGGGCGAGUACUGGAAGUGUACACUACCCAGCCUGGGGUCCAGUUUUACACGGGCAAUUUCCUGGAUGGCACACUGAAGGGCAAGAAUGGCGCAGUCUAUCCCAAGCACUCUGGUUUCUGCCUCGAGACCCAGAACUGGCCUGAUGCAGUCAAUCAGCCCCACUUCCCUCCUGUGUUGCUGAAGCCUGGUGAGGAGUAUGACCACACGACUUGGUUCAAGUUUUCUGUGGCUUAAGGAAGUGAAAAGAUAUGAUCUGCUCCAGGGCCAGGCUGGGAGCCCCUCCAGCAGCCUGUCUCCUAUGUAGAGAUGAGAUGAAGAUUUAGAGGCUUUAAAAGUGAUCCUGUGAAUUAAAAUCAUACAAAUGGUAGCUGUCAUGAUAGUCAGUCUGAAUAUUGAUUUCCUUCCCAAAGACUGGCUCCAGGGCAGGUCUAAUGACCAGCUCCUGUUUUCUGUGCAGUGAAGAGGACCCAACCAUCAAUGUCACCAUCUAAGCCCUGACCCUAGCCCAGAAGUGGUACCUGGGCUCCUUGUGUUGGCUCCAUCUCUCCAUUCUGCCUCUUUCUUUUCUACUUUUCACUCUUUGAUCCUACUCACUCCUUUUCUUUUUCUUCCUUCUCUACCUCACACUGCCUUGCCCUCUGUAGCACUUUGGAGUUUUCAGAGAUCACUUAGCUCAUUCAGUCUGCUGGCAGAGACCUCUCUGCCUCGAUAAGGCAACAGAUGGAGAAGUGAGCUAGCGGAGGCUAAGAGGGGAUAAAUGACCCACCUAAAGGCACAGAGCUAGAGCUAGGAAAAAUUUUAGCCAGUACUCGAGGUCAGGUCAUGUGAAUUCAAGUCCCCUUCUUUACUUCCACUCCAGUCUUCCAGAGCAUUCCUACAGUCACUGAUGGGCGCGGGGGGGGGGGGGGGGGAGGUGGCUGACCCUUACUCUGUUAGAGCCAUUCUUUCUUCCCAGAUGCACUUUUAUAAGAAGCUUUAGUCUGCCUCUGAGACUUACAGAUGGUGACAAAGUACAAGAUCAAAAUGUCCAGAAAGAAUCUGUAAAUUUGAUUCUCUGCCUUUGGGGUUAACUGAGAAAGCCCAGGCCAGCCAAGGCAUGGGAAGGAAGCCAUUGGACACAGGAGCUGUAUUAGUGUGAAGAGAGGGGCUUGGCUGAGGAUUGCACAUUGCACCAAGAACAGAUGUUAUGUUAUGUAUAUGGGGCUGGGCUUCCCUUCUUUCCUGAAUAAUUGAAUCAUCAGUGAUGGGCUUGGGUUGGUGACUUUUAAAGAAAUGUACCUUAUACUAAUACACUAAUAAUCAGUUGAAAUAAAAUCAGAAUCUGCACCUUCA